CAGGAAAAGCUGGUUUUCAGCAGCUGCUUAAUAUUUGUGCAGAUUAUGGGGAUAGAAAUGAUGUGCAUGAUAAUUUAAAAAAAAAAGAGUUUCCAUGACGUGUAGAACCAAAGAACAUAGAGAUAUGAUUUUUUUUUUCAGAUUUUUGUUUGUCAGGGCAAGUUUUAAUAUGCUCAAGAAAAUAUGCUGGUGAGAAAGUUUUAUUUGUGUUCAGAGCAGGUUAAUGUAAACCUCUUUACAACUUAUUGCAGUUCUUUAUACACAGCUCCUCUGUGGUAUUUUAAAAAAGAGUCUCCAUAUAUUGCAGGUUGCAUAUCAAUGAUUGCAUGAAGAUGCUAAAAACUUAGAUGUUGUAGUGCAAGUGAAUUAUUCUGUAAGAGAUUUUAAUUUCAACCUGUUUGUAGACAAUCCUCAAAAUGCUUCAUUUUUUCAUCCUAACACUUACAAUUUUCCAGUGCAGCUCAGAAACUACAGACACUCAGAAUUAUCUGAAGAUUGUUCAGGCUGGAGAAACUGUUAACUUUACUUGUAUUUUAUCAAAUGAUAUAAGAAAAAGUGUGGUUUGGGUCAAACAAAGUGUUGGAAAGAAACCUCUUCCAGUCGUUUCAUCAUUUCAAGUCGUAGAUCACAGAUUUGAAAAUGACUUUGACAAACAAAAUCGCUUUUUUGUAACAAAAGAUGAAGGUAGUUUUAAUCUGAGCAUCACAAACACAGAAGUAUCAGACUCUGCUACUUACUAUUGUGUAACAUAUGCAUAUCAGUUUGCAUUUGGGAACAGCACUGACCUCAUAGUUAAAGCUGGUGAAGUGAACAUCGAGUCUGAGCAUCAGAGAUCUGCAUCAGAGGAUCUGCAGUGCAGCGUCAUCUCUCAGAGCUGUGCAGAAGAACACAAGGUCUACUGGUUCAGACAGGGCUCUGGAGAAUCUCCUCCAGGAAUAAUCUACACUCAGGACGGCAGGAGCGCUCAGUGUGAGAAGAGCUCUGAUCUCAACUCCACUGCACACAAAUGCAUCUACAGCCUGCCCAAGACUGAUGAAGAUCCCGCCAUCUACUACUGCGCUGUAGCCGCUUGUGGACAAAUACUGCUCAGAGACGGACAGAAAGUUGGAUUGACAGAUGAAUGUUUUCAGAAACAUUGGAUUACAGCUGUUCUGAUCAUAACAGCUUUAUCUAUAAUUGUGAAUAUCAUUUUAAGUGUACAAUUGCACAAGUACAGGCAAAAAGAUGGGUUUUACAACACUCAGAGCCAUCAGUUAACGGUGGAUCACGCUGAUGAUUUGAAUUAUGCUGCUUUGAGCUUCCAACAAAAUCCCUCCAUGUCUAGAAAAUCAUUGGAAAGAAACCUACAAGACACUUCUAUGUAUGCACAUACAAGACCUCAACAAAUGUAAUUGACUGUUUUUGCUUAUAUAGUAGUUUCUAUUGAGACACUGUGUAAAAACUAAUUCGCAGGAAACACCGCAAUUACAAAAUGUGUCAUCGCUGUUUUAAAAACCUCUGUCCGUGGUACUGAAAUAACGGUCUUCAGAGAUAUUAUUUUUAGUAGCAUGACUUUAUUAGUACUGAAUCUUUGCCAAACGCUUUAAUUAAAGAUAUGACUGUUCACAAAAAUACUCAGAAUAUUAAUAAACUGCUCAUGUAUGUACAAACUCACACAAGCACUUGCAGUUUCUAUCUGUAAUACAAUGAUUGAUUCAAUAUUGAAUUGUAAUUGUAUUUCUUUUCUUCACACAUACUCUACUAGGAUGUGGUUCAACUUUUAUUUCACACAUUGUUUAUGACAUACUGUAAGUAAAGCAAUUAUGUGUUUAAAUGUGUUCAUGUAUUUUUAAACUAUACUGUAAUUGUGUUAUUUGCAAAUAAAAAUGAGGACUAACAA